AAGCUAAUUGAUUAAGCUUCGUUUGACAUUGCAAAAAAUCUGUUUUUGCAAAUUAAUCAUCUUGCUCGAAUGCUCUUUCUUUGCAGUUCUGAUUUCUGAGAGCUUCUUUUUCAUCUCAACUAAAACGUCCAUGCCCUGAUUAUCUUUUGGUAGUUGAUUUGGUUAAACUUGCACGGCAAGAACAACGACAGCGAUUCAACUGUCUCAUAACAACUUGAGCUCAUAAGAUAUGGGGGUUCAAGAUUUAUGGGUGAUCAUCAUUGUUUUGGUGUUUUGCUUCCAAGCUCGGGGUCUGAACUCUCAGAACCUGACAUGCAACCAGAAUGAUUUGAAGGCAUUGGAGGAUUUCAUGAGAGAAUUGGGACAGGUGAUUGAUGGGUGGGGCACAAAUAUCUCUUCCAAUUGCUGUGGAUGGACAGGGAUAACAUGCAAAUCUUCAUCUUCACUUGGGCUGAGCAAUGUUCCUGAUACCAACAGAGUUGUAAAGUUGGAGCUUGGCAAGAUGAGGCUAGCGGGAAAACUCUCUGAAUCAAUAGGGAGUUUGGAUCAGCUAAGGACCCUCAAUCUCUCUACAAACUUCCUCAAAAGUUCUCUUCCUUCAUCACUGUUUCAUUUGCCAAAUUUAGAGGUCCUAGACUUGAGCAACAACGACUUUUACGGUCCUGUUCCGGAUACUAAUUUGCCUUCAAUCAUAGACCUUGUUAUUUCUGAGAAUUCCUUGAAUGGUUCGCUUCCUGAUGGUAUUUGUGGGAAUUCUUCUGCAAUAAAGUUGUUGAAUCUGGCCGUGAACUACAUCUCUGGUAAUCUUCCUGAUGGGCUUCGGAAUUGUAGUUCCUUGGAAUACCUCUAUCUGGGCACAAAUAAUCUUACCGGCGGUAUAACUGAGAGCAUAUUGCAGCUGCAAAAAUUGACUGAGUUGAAGCUUGAAGAUAACAAGCUUUCCGGGCUGCUGAACGAAGGAAUUGGUAAUCUCACUAACCUUGUUCGUUUAGAUAUAUCCACAAAUAUGUUUUCAGGAACUAUCCCCGAUGUUAUUAGAAACACUGGAAAGUUGCAGUUUUUUGUAGCUCAUUCGAAUAGAUUCAAUGGUACUAUACCCUCCUCCUUGACAAAUUGUCCAACUCUUACUUUGCUAAAUGUGAGAAACAAUACCUUGGAGGGUCCAAUAAAUAUUAAUUGUUCAGUGAUGGUUAAUUUAACCUCGAUUGAUUUAGGUUCUAAUCGAUUCAGUGGGUCUAUUCCUGAUAACCUUCCAUCCUGUCAAAGUUUGAACAAUAUAAAUCUUGCCCGGAACCAUUUCAUUGGUCCAAUACCGGAAAGCUUCAAAAAUUUCCGUAGUCUGUCUUACCUAUCUCUUUCAAAUUCUAGCAACACUAAUCUUUCUUCAUCUCUAAGAGUCUUACAGCAAUGUCGAAACCUUACUACUUUGGUUUUUAGCUUGAACUUCCAUGAUGAAGAGUUGCCUGCAUAUCCUACUCUGCAUUUUGAUAAGCUAAAGGUGCUUAUUAUUGCUAAUUGUAGACUAAAAGGUUCAAUACCACAGUGGUUGAGUAAUAGCAAGCAGUUGCAGCUGUUGGAUUUAUCAUGGAACUGCUUGGGUGGACCUGUUCCGGCAUGGUUUGGCAAUUUUGGUUCUCUUUUUUACCUGGACAUAUCAAACAACUCAUUUACUGGUGAGAUUCCGAAAAAUAUAACUGAAUUAAGAAGCCUCAUUGAUAGGGAAGUCUCAUUGGAAGAACCUUCCCCAGAUUUCCCUUUGUUCAUGAAGAGGAAUGUCAGUGCAAGAGGGUUUCAGUAUAAUCAGCUUGAGAGCUUUCCUCCAACAAUCGACUUGGGUAAUAACAAUCUUAGUGGUCCAUUAUGGCUGGAGUUUGGGAAUCUGAAAAAGCUCCAUGUUUUGGAUCUUAAAUUCAACAAUCUAUCCGGACCUAUCCCAUGUAAUUGGUCAGGAAUGGCCAGCUUAGAGACUCUGGAUUUGUCACAUAACAAGCUCUCUGGAAUAAUUCCUCCUUCGUUGGUGAAACUUAGCUUUCUGUCCAAGUUUAAUGUUGCAGACAAUCAAUUGCAUGGGCAGAUCCCUGAUGGAGGUCAGUUUCCAACCUUCCCCACUUCAAGCUUUGAAGGAAAUAAUCUUUGUGGUGUUGGCCAUGACCCCCCUUGUAAAUCAGAUAAGCAAACUCCUACUCAGCAACUUAAUAAAGCGAAACCAAGCAGAGGCUUCAUUUUUGGAAUGACUAUAGGGAUUGUAUUUGGGAUGGCAUUAGUUCUUGCACUCAAGCAGAGGCGUCAUUGUUAGAUGGCCAAUUCUUCUCUGCAUGCUGGCUGGAAAUAUCUUGGUUAGAUUCUUACAUUUAUGAACUGUUACCUUUUCCAAUUUGCAAAAAGAAUCUGCAGUGAGUUCAUAUUGCCAUAUCAUCUAAAAUUUAGCCAAGCGAAUAAUCUCUAGACUGUUCAAGCUAGAAAAUGAAACCUGCAACGUACAAACCCCAAUCGAGGAGUCAAAAAUAUUUUUGUAUAAACUCCCAAUAGAACAUAAAGUUGCAAAUAUAUAAACCUCAAUAUAUUGAAACUAGAUUAGUAAGCGAAAAAGGAGA